AGGACGUUUGAGUGACGUCAACACGUACUGCUGGUUUACUUCCUUCUUCGCUUCUCUGCUGCGGUUGUUAGCAUGUGCAGCCCUGACUUCUGCUUUAUUUAAAAGUCUCAGUCAUUUCACAUAAAACAUAUUAACAUCUUCGGCGGCAGGAUGAGCACGUUAUGGAUGGGGAACCUGGAGACCUACAUGGACGAGAAGUUCAUCACCAGAGCCUUCUCCACCUUGGGGGAGCAGGUGGUCAACGUGCGAAUCAUACGCAACAAGAUGACGGGUGUGUCUUCACCCAGGGGGGCUCUGGGGUACUGCUUCGUGGAGAUGACGGACGAGGCUACGGCUGAGAGGUGUCUCCGCAAAAUCAACGGGAAAGCCUUACCGGGAGCCAACCCGCCCACAAGAUUCAAGCUCAACCGAGCCACCUUUGGGAAACAGGAGAGUGGUCAGAUGUAUUCUCUGUUUGUCGGAGAUCUGACCCCAGACGUGGAUGAUGGGAUGCUAUAUGAGUUCUUUUACAACCGCUACCCUUCCUGCCGGGGGGGAAAAGUGGUGUUGGACAGCAUGGGCAACUCCAAGGGCUGUGGCUUCGUGCAGUUCCCAGACGAGCGGCUGCAGAAGCGGGCGUUAGAUGAGUGUCAGGGCGCUGUGGGCCUGGGGUCUAAACCUCUGAGACUCAGCCUGGCUGCUAACAAUUUAAGGAACCGGCAGCAGCAGCAACAGUCAGAGCCGCGCUCAGGCUACACCACAGCUUACAGAAACGGCUACGACCAGUACAGCCAGUACCAGCAGCAGGCCUACCCCGGGUACUACCCCUCCUGGGGAUACGACCCCAACGCAGCAGCAGGGUACGGCUACAACUACCAGCAGUAUGACUACUCGCAGUACACCCCCACACAGGAGCCUGAACCGGUUCAGGACGACGGACUUGAAGACCCUAGCCCUGAGCUGGACGUGGUGGAGGCCAACAGGAAGUUCAUGGAGCUGAGUGAGGAGCUGUACGACGCCCUGAUCGAGUGUCACUGGCAGCCUGCGGACGUCUCCACAGAGGAGGACUACGACACCCCCACCCUGCCAGAACCCAUCUACUGCUGAAACCCUUCUCUGGACUGUACACCUGCACAGUUUGCUUCACAGUGACUGCAGAAAUGUGGAUGGAUCUUUUUUUUAAGGACAUAAAGGAUGUGGGUCAUGGCAUUGGUUCAACAGCAUGUGUGUAUAUCCACAGAUCAGUGAAUCCACAGGAUGUUUAAGUCUUAUUUCCAACAUUCUCCCAUGAGUCUGGUAGUGCAACAGGCAACAUCUUAGAAGCUAAAAUGCCGUCACUAUAAACCAAAUGUAAAUAUCAGACAUGAGUCGCCUCUUUGAUGUCGCUACACAACAGGUUGACCGCUAUAGGUUUGUGCUGAAGCUGUUUUUUUUGGGCUAUAGGUAUACAUGUUCCCUAAUGUAUUAAAGCUCACAGUUGUAGAAGUCAGUGUUCUUUUAAAUUAUUCUGACGUACGUUUUUGUAUGUAGAAAAAAGCGAAAUGUCAAUGAUGAAACAUGCUGCAGUCUUGUCUGUUCAUUUCAUUCCCACUGGAUCCAUGCUGAGUCAUCUGAGGCAGAAAUGUCACACUUUAAUAUUAAAACACCUCACAUCAGUAAACUGCACGAGUUCAGAGAAGUUCUAAUAGGAAAUCUAUCUGCAGCUUAUGACCAGUAAACUGGAUCAGAGACUUUUCCACAGCUUUAUUACUCACUUUUAGAUUCUGUUCAUCCAUCAUGUUGUACAAAUGAAAUCUGUAAUUAUUAUAAUUAAAUGUUUCACAGAAUAAGUAAAGUGAUAUACUAUUCUUUGUAAUAAAAUAGACUACCUAGAAGGAAA